AUCAUACAAUUAAGAAACUAAGCAAUAAAGCAACGUGAUGAGCUGCAGCAGUUAUUAUAACCUUAUAGUAGUCACGCAAUUAAAAUAACAAUAAGAUGCAUAAGAAAUUAGAAUUCUCUCAAUUAUUGCGAGUCCCACGUGCGUCGCUCGUCUUCUCUCUACGUGAUGGCAACGAUACAAUCAUGCAAAGCAACGAGCUGUUGUAGUACGAAUACACCCAAAGCAUGCAAUCAAGAAGAUGAGAAAGCUGGUUUAAGUGAUUGUCCACUCUUCGAGGAUGAUUGUUUAGAUUGUGACUUCUGCGACGGUUUGAAUAACUUUGACGAGAAAGCAAAUAAUACAUGUGCUACAGAUCCUUUCAAAUCGUUAUCAAUCUUCGAUAAGCUUCUCGGACCAUUAGUUCUAAUAGCUAUGAUAUUAGGUGUGGUUAUUGGUGUAUACGCUAAGGAUGGCGUGAAAACACAUCUCAUAGAAUCAGCUCAAUGGGAAGGCGUUUCGGUACCAAUAUUGGUCGGUUUGUUACUCAUGAUCUGGCCUGCACUGAGCAAGGUGAACUGGGAAAAACUGGUUGACCUAUCCAGAGAAUUAAAACUUUGGAUUCAUGUUGGGAUGUCUAUUAUUAUCAAUUGGAUUAUCUCACCGCUAAUGAUGCUCGGAAUAGCGUGGGCAACAUUACCUGACGCAGAGAUGGAGAGAUAUCGUAAAGGUGUUCUAUUGGUUGGUGUUAGUAGAUGCAUUGCGAUGGUCAUUAUUUGGACAACAAUCGCAGAUGGAGAUGUCAACUAUUGUGGUUAUCUCAUGGUUAUCAACUCACUCUUGCAAAUAGUACUAUUUUCGCCAUACUCACUUCUCUUUGUUAACAUCUUAGGUGGUAAUAGUGGUGGGCCACAAUUGCACCUCGAUUACGAAAGCACUGCACGUUCAGUUGGCAUAUACUUGGGUAUUCCGUUAGCCGCAGGUAUCAUCACACGUUUCGCCUUGCUUAAGUACUCGUCAGUCAAGUUCCGAGGCUGGUUUUAUGAAGUAGCCGGUAAAAUUGGGUUGAUAGGAUUGCUUUACACAAUUAUCGUACUCUUUGCAAGUCAGGGAAGCAACAUUACAAAAAACAUUGGUAAGGUAUUCCGCACAAUAGUACCCCUUCUGUUAUACUUCAUAAUUGUUUGGUUUGCAACCUUUUUGGGAUUCUGGAAACUUGAUAGAUCACAUCGCUACCGAGAUCUCGCUGGCGGUGGUUAUGAACGAGCUGUAACGCAAGCAUUCACAGCAGGAUCUAACAAUUUCGAGCUUGCUAUAGCAGUCGCAACAGCAGCCUUUGGUCCUGAUUCGCCCGAGACUAUUGCUGCCACCUUAGGUCCUCUUAUUGAGGUACCCGUAUUGCUCCUACUUAGCUAUGUCGCAUUAUUCUUGCGUGCUAAGCUUUUCAAGGGUAGUUCGUCUAUAAAGCUGGAAGCUGCCUAGACAUAUAUAUCGUUGCUUUAAUUGUAAAAUUAACAUAGACGGUUUAGACAUUUAGAGGA